AUGUUCAUUGAAAUCCUAAAGAAAAUGUUUGAAGUGUAUAUGUUCUUCUGUUUGUGCUCAUGGAAUCUGCCUGCCUUUCAGGCACAUAAAACUGAGAAAAGUUUGUGUGUGUGUGUGUAUUUAUCAGGUGUGUUUGGUGUUGAAGUGGAGUCUGUGUCGGCGACUGAAGGUGAUUCUGUCUCUCUACUCAUCAGUGUUACAGAAGAACAGAGAACUGAUGAGAUCGAGUGGCGAUUUAGAAAUAUUCUCAUAGCUAAACUCAUCAGAAAGAAUGAUACAAGCACAUUCUUUAACGAUGCUGCUGACGGGAGAUUCAGAGGGCGACUGAAGCUGGACAGUCAGACUGGAUCUCUGACCAUCACAAACAGCAGAAUCUCAGACUCUGGACUUUAUAAUGUAACCAGUUACAAAACAAGCAAAUCACUCUUCAAAUUCAACUGUACGGUCUAUGCUCCUGUUCCUGUCAUCAGAAACUCUUCUCAAUGUUCUUCAUCCUCAUCUUUAUCAGUGCAGUAUUGUUCAGUGGUGUGUUUAGUGGUGAAUGUGAGUGCUGGGAGUCUCUCCUGGUACAAAGGAAACAGUGUAUUGUCCAGCAUCAGUGUGUCUGAUCUCAGCAUCAGCGUCUCUCUACCUCUGGAGGUGGAAUUUCAGGAUAACAACACCUACAGCUGUGUGAUCGACAACACCAUCAGCAACUACACCACACAUCUGAACAUCAACACACUCUGUCAGCCGUGUAAAGCUGUGACUCAUGCUGAAGAGAUCACAUAUGCUGAUCCCACAUUCCACAGAAGAAAAGCACCGAAAUCUAGCCCAGAAGAGACCACUUACGCUGAUCCAACAUCCUACAGAAAAAAGGCACAAAAAUCGGGCAACUUCAACUAUGUCUUCACACCUUCAGAGUGUAUGGAAAACACCACAGCAGCUGAGCCCGUUGUACACCUGAAGUGA